ACCGAAUCACGGAGGUUGUCGCAGAUGAUCGAAUGAUCUUGGAAGGAUUUUUUUAGUCGGUUGUCAUUGCGUACGUCCCGGAUUGUUUCGGCUAACGCGCCCGUUCCUGGGAUGCCCGCUGUUGUUCCGAGAGCACGAGAGGAUGAAUGAGGCAGACCAGAACGGUCCAGAUCAUCCUACAGCAUAAACGCUCAUUGAUCUUUGAAGGACAACCCAGGACCACAACGCCAGUCAUAACACUGAAGGGUCCAAAGCUCCUCUAAAUCAUGGGGAAUAUCUUUGGAAACUUGUUGAAGAGCCUCAUAGGAAAAAAAGAGAUGAGGAUCUUGAUGGUGGGGCUUGAUGCUGCAGGAAAAACCACUAUUCUUUAUAAGCUCAAACUGGGGGAAAUAGUCACCACAAUUCCAACUAUUGGGUUUAAUGUGGAGACGGUGGAGUACAAGAACAUCAGCUUCACUGUGUGGGAUGUGGGUGGGCAAGACAAGAUCCGUCCUCUCUGGAGGCACUACUUUCAAAACACACAGGGUCUAAUCUUUGUGGUGGACAGUAACGACAGAGAACGUGUGAAUGAAGCUCGAGAGGAGCUGAUGAGGAUGCUGGCUGAGGAUGAACUGAGAGAUGCGGUGCUCCUUGUGUUUGCCAAUAAACAGGACUUACCAAACGCCAUGAAUGCUGCUGAGAUCACAGACAAGCUGGGCUUACACUCCCUGCGUCACCGCAACUGGUACAUCCAGGCAACAUGUGCCACCAGCGGCGAUGGCCUCUACGAGGGGCUCGACUGGCUCGCCAAUCAACUCAAGAACAAAAAAUAAGAAGAAAUGUGGGGGUGGGGAAAGAAAUGCCAGCAGCCAAACUAGUUCAACUUCUUUCCUUUGUUUGUGGGGUGGAGGGGGCGGAUUGAUUUCAGGGGUUUUUGAGUGAUAGAUGCAUCAUCAACCAAGAUCUUGGACAAAGUAAACCCUUUAUUUUUGCUCUGUUUCUGACAGUGGAUGUUAAAGCAUAUUUUCAUGUUUAUAAUGACAGCAUACAGACACUCAUCCAGUAUCAGUCGGUGAUUCCUUUUCCUCUGUCCCCUCUUGUGUUUCGGUGCCGUGUAAUGUAUGUCAGUUUCCAGGUGCUGUGCCCGGUCGUGUAUGAAUCCACUGAUUGCUCUUUAUUUAAACGUCUCCAUGUUAGCUUCAGCCUUGUCAGUUGCACCUAUACUUUUUUAUUUUUUAUUUGCCUGCAUGGUAACAGAAUCUUGUUAGAGAACAAUCACACAGAAUCAUGCCACCUCUAAAUCUGCUUACUGUUCAUGAGCAAACCUGCGUACCGCUAACUGCAAAACGAAACCUUCUUUUACUGCCAACUUUUGGAACUUUUCUGAUAUCUGUGUUCUGUUUCUACUCCCGUUGUGACUCCCUGAACAGCAGAAGAGGCCCCUCUAAAUAUUUCAAAAGCUCAGUAUUUCCUGGUUUGCCUGGCAUGCUAAGGCAUUAUAGUCCUCCUUCAUUAGAAAUGCAUGAGUGCUGUUUGUGGAUUUUUUAUCAUCUUCUUCACAUUGGGAUGCAGACACUAACCAAAGCUCCACUCCGUGCAUUAAAACAACAGAGGAAAAUCAUUCUAGCUGUAAAAUUAAAUGACAUACGUCAACCCAUAUCAAAGUAGACGACUGAAGCUGCUGCUGUUUUUCUGGCUUUUUGCGUAUCUACACUCAAAGUGCAUCAGGUUGCUCUCACUUGUGUUUGUCCUGCCGUGUCUUGGCACUCUUUGUUAAUGAAUGUGAAUGUUGUGGAUGAAUCUAUAAAUGCCAGUGAUUAUGUUCAUGUGGCUCGACGCGUAGUCAUUUCCUGUCUCCAUUGUAAUGACAUGGUAAGCAGGGUUGACAGAUCACUAUGGAGGUGUUGUAGUUUGCAGGAAGCCACUAGCACUCACGCCUCACGGCUGAUACCAGCAACAUCCGCCAACUCAUGUCACUAAAAAGGAUUUUCUUGUGCCAUAUAACACUCUGAAUACAUCAAACUUCACUAUCCAGCUUUACUUUUUCAUAAACAUGAUCAUUUGGUCUAUGGUGGCCUUAUAUUUAUUGCUCUUUUCCUGUCAUUCAGCUUGGUUCGAGUUUUCACUCUCAAUGUUUGUAUAGAUUAAUGUGCAGGUUUUUACUCACCACCUUCAAAAGGCAAGUUUUACAUCACUCCUCACAUCUACAAGGGAAAACCUUUGGUUUAAGUUUUUGGAUGACUUUUUAUGGUAAUCGGAAUCCAUAUCUGGUGGUUUUGGUUUAAAGAAACUUCAAUGUAGUCUGUAUCUGUGAAAUAUUUUUAAAAAAAUCAUUUAGGCGGGGAUGAAAAACUUUUAUUCAUUCUGUACCAUUGUAGUGACACAAACAGAUACAUAAACAGUCAAAAGACGGUGUUUAAAAGAGGAAUGCAUGUAGACAUCUGUAUGUGAUGUAAGAUGAACAAGAAAAUCCCUCUGUAUUACAAAUAAACUCAUUUUCUGUAGGA